UUGACAAUAUUUGUACAAAGGUGACUUUGACUGAUACGAGCAAAUUGGAUUACUUUUUACUUACCAAGUACCUGUUUCAAGUGUUGGACUGUUGAUAUUAAAUUAAUGGUUUGAUAAGAAAGUACGCUUAUAAUAAGCCGGUUUUUUAAUACAAUAUGGCUAGAAAUUUAUUAAAACUUGGAGCAUUAGAAGCACAGAGAACGGCGUUUUUACUGUGCGAUAUUCAAGAAACAUUCAGACCACACGUAAAACACUUCGGAGAAGUUGUUAGAGUCGCAAAUAAAAUGUUAGAAGCGGCAAAACAUUUCAAAAUACCAGUAUAUGUGUCUGAGCAAUACCCUAAAGGCUUGGGUCACACUACAAAGGAUAUUAAUUUAGAUGGAGCUGCCCUUGUCUAUGAAAAAACUGUUUUUUCUAUGUAUAAUCAGGAGCUAAAAGAUAGACUGAAAAAAGAUAUACCUAACUUAGAAUCAGUCGUACUCUUUGGCAUUGAGGCCCAUGUGUGUAUAGAGCAAACGGUCAUCGACUUACGCAAUGAAGAUAUAAGUGUUCAUGUGUUAGCCGAUGGUGUGUCCUCACGAUCUCUUCUGGACAGAUCCCUUGCAUUACAGCGAAUGCAAAAUAUAGGUUGUUUUGUAAGCUCCGCUGAGAAUGUUUUGUUCAAACUUUUGAAGGACAAGAAUCACCCUGCUUUCAAAGAUGUGUCUAAAUUAAUAAAGGAACCCACUUCUGAUACUUUUGCCCUAGAUGUCUCUGCCAAACUAUGACAUUUUUUGAUAUGAAAGACUUCAGUCUAUCGGGUGCUUUGUGGGAACUUCUGAAAAUGUAUUAUUCAAGUUAUUGAAGGAUAAAAAUAAUCCUGUAUUCAAACAAAUAUCAAAACUAAGUACUAAACCAACGCCAGAUGAAUUUGGUGUUACCAAUUAAAAAAAUAUUUUUUUUUAAGAUUCUGAUUGGGGGUAGUUUCAAAAAAUAUACUCGUAAUAUCAUCACUUUAACCUAUCGCAGUCGCCAAAAAUGGCGUGAACUCAUGUGUUUUGCCCAACUCAUACAUACAUACAUACUCGUAAUGUCCUAUUGUUAUACCUAAGCAUAAAUACUUAUGUAUGAAAUUUAAUAUGAAUUUUAUU